CUGUCACUUUUUGCAUUUAUUCAUAUUUACAGCCGGCUGAGACAGAUCGCGUCGGGAAUUUUAAUUAUUAUAAUUGUAAAUUAUUCUAAAAAAAGUGUAAAUCAAACAAAAUGGUGAACGUACCCAACGUUGUGUUGAACAGUGGCCACAAUAUGCCCAUUUUGGGCCUUGGAACCUGGGGAAGUCCCAAAGGUGAAGUGGCCCAGGCUGUUAAAGAUGCCAUUGAUAUUGGUUAUCGUCACAUUGACUGUGCCCAUGUCUAUCAGAAUGAACAUGAAGUGGGUGAGGGUAUUGAGGCUAAAAUCAAUGAGGGUGUUGUAAAGCGCGAGGAUCUCUUCAUUACCAGCAAAUUGUGGAACACCUUCCACCGUCCCGAUUUGGUACGCGGUGCCUGCGAGACCACAUUGAAGAACUUGAAAUUGUCCUACAUUGAUAUGUAUUUGAUCCAUUGGCCCCUGGGCUACAAGGAGGGCGAUGAGUUGUUCCCCGUUGAUGCUGAAGGCAAGACUGCCUUCUCCGAUGCCGAUUAUGUUGACACCUGGAAGGAAAUGGAAAAAUUGGUACAAGAUGGUUUGGUCAAGUCCAUUGGUGUCUCCAAUUUCAAUAAGAAUCAAAUUGAACGUAUUUUGGCUGUGGCCACCAUUCCACCAGCCACCAAUCAGGUGGAAUGCCAUCCUUACUUGAUUCAAAAAAAACUAAUGGAAUAUUGUAAAUCCAAGAAUAUUGCCAUUACUGCCUACAGUCCUUUGGGUUCACCCAAUCGUCCAUGGGCCAAGCCUGGCGAUCCCAUUCUAAUGGAAGAUCCUAAGAUUGUUGCAAUUGCCACCAAAUACUCCAAGACACCUGCCCAAAUCUUAAUCCGCUAUCAAAUCCAACGUGGCAACAUUGUCAUUCCCAAGUCCGUUACCAAGAGCCGUAUUGCCUCGAACUUUGAUGUCUUUGGUUUUGAGUUGAGUGCCGAGGAUAUGGCCAACAUUGAUAGCUUCGAUUGCAAUGGCCGUUUGGUGCCCUUGUUGACCGAUGCAGGAACCCACCCUCAUUAUCCCUUCCAUGAUGAGUUCUAAGCAACUCAGAUUUUAUACAAAUUUUAAAAAUUGUAUUUUUGGUGGGUCUGGCCAUCCCCAUCAUCCUUUUGAAAAUGAUGAAUACUAACAACAUGUGGAUUCAAAACAUCACUAACAAUAAGUUUUUUUUUUUUGCUGGCAAAGCCUUUAAAUGUAAUUUGUUAGGUAUUACAUAGAUAUUUGUAGACUUGUAACACCAUUGUGACCUUUAUAUGCUGUAGAAUAAAAUGAAAAACACAUGCUUGAAUAAAAAAUAAAAACAAAUAUAA